CAGUUCAGUUUUAUUUAGAACAAAAAUUUAUUAUUGCUUGGCAGAGUAAAUUUACUGCAGAGAAUGAAAACUUUUCUCUGUUUCUUUUGUGCUUUCAUAAUUUUUCCACAAGUGUUUGGGAAAGGAAAGUUGAGAUUUAAUGUUGAUGAUCAAUACGAAGUGUGUUCACCAGAAACUGAUUCAUAUCAAACAUUUGAUCCAACUGAUAUGAAUUUAAUUUCGGUGAAUGAUACGCAUACUUAUCUGAAUGGAACGUUCAGGACUUUAAUUAAUAUGCCACCAUGGCAUGCUCGUGUAUUUACCGAAAAGCUCUAUGGAGAAAAGUGGGAAAUCUUCAUGUUCAAUCGAAAUAUGCCAAAUUUUUGUUCUCUGUGGCAUCUUCCAACUGAAGUCUGGUAUGAUAUCACCAAAAAGUUUCAAAAUUGUCCCUUCAAAGUUGGAGAUAUUGUACCAUUGGAUAUGGUAAGAAUCAACGAUUUCUCAUUGAACUUUCCGAAAAGUUUCAAAGGUCGCUGGAGAGGAACAUAUCACGGUUAUCGUGAAAUAGAUGGAAGAAAGAAAAUGGAAUGUGUUCGAAUUUAUGCUGACAUGGUCGAAGACCACAAUGGUUCGCUGUUUGUUUUGCACAAGUCAGAAGUUUCAAAGUUAAUUUGUGAUAGAAAUCCACAAGAAAUGAAAAUUUUAUUUUGUACUUUAUGUGUUUCUACACUUUUUACAACCAUACAUGGCAGUGCAAAAUUUAUCAUUGAUGAACAAUAUGAGGUGUGUUCACCAGAAACCGAUUCUUUUGAAACAUUUGAUCGAAGCAAUAUUGAGUUCAUUACGGUAAACGAUACACACAGUUUUCUCAACGGAUCCAUGACAGUUUUACAUGACAUUCCACCAUUUCAUGUGCGAUUGUUUACUGAGAAACUUUAUGGUGAUAAAUGGGAGAAAUUUCUUUUUGAUCGAGAAAUCCGGAAUUUUUGUUAUGAAAUGCAUCAAAGUUUUGAAUUCUGGUAUGAGAUCAUGAUGCAUUUCCAUCCAUGUCCUUACAGCAAAGGAGAUAUUAUAUUAGCAGACAUGAUAAGAAUAAAUGUUUUCAAUGUAAGAGUCCCACGCAAUUUUCAUGGUCGCUGGAGAGGAACUUAUCAUGGAUUUCGACAAUUAGAUGGGAAGAAGAAAAUGGAGUGUUAUCGAAUAUAUGCUGAAUUCGUUGAUGAAUAACUAUGGACAAGUAUCUUGUUUGCAGCUUCCUCUAGAAAUGUAAACAGAAGUAUAAAAAAUUUGCAAUUUAAUCAAUUGAUCAAAUGGGUUCGUCUAUUUUGUAAGCACAAGUUCACUAACUAUCUACUUAGUAAAAAAAACUUUAUGUCUUAUCUGCAUAAAUAUUAUGAAAUAUCAACUAAAUAAACUCUUAGUAAAUGAUUUGUAAUUUAUUUGUAAACGAAAUCAAAAAUAUUUUUCUGAAUAAUAAUUUUAUGUUGUUAGUAUGUUUAAGCUUUAAAUUAUUGACUUAAAUACCAUAAGAAUUAAAAAAAUAAAGAACAAAGAAAAUACUAAAAUGUUUCAAG